AAGUAAUGUAAAUGACGAUGAACUAAACCUUUUGAAAGACAGAGUGAGUGAUUAGCCAUAGAAAAAAUCACGGUGCUUUGCGUCUCCAUUCCCCACCUACCAAGCACGCGAUAGCAAAGUUUGAAAAAUUGUAAUCUGAUUUUGAACUUUGUGCAGAUAAGGUGUUUGAAAUAAAGAAAGAAUCGUGAAGGGCAUUGAUCGGAUCUGCAGAGAAAGGAGAAUGAGUUUGACGGCAUCAGAGAUAGCGAAGAAGCUGAAUCUGCAGCCUCACCCAGAAGGUGGCUUCUACGUCGAAACAUUCCGAGACCAUUCCGUUCAUCUUUCCACCUCUCAGCUCCCGCCGGAAUACAAAGUCGACCGCCCUGUCUCCACCUCCAUCUACUUCCUCCUUCCCUCCGGAACCCUCUCUCGCCUCCACCGCAUUCCCUGCGCCGAAACCUGGCAUCAUUACAUCGGCGACCCUAUCACCGUUGUGGAAUUGAAUGAGAAAGAUGGGAGUGUGAAGUUCACUUGCCUUGGAUCGGAUCUCGGUGAGAAUCAGAUGCCGCAGUACACAGUGGCUCCCAACGUCUGGUUUGGCUCUUUUCCCACCAACGAUUACACCUUCUCCACCGAUGGUGUCUUCAAACCUGCUGCUCCAAGAGACGGUGAGAGGAACUACUCUCUUGUAGGAUGCACCUGUGCACCUGCGUUUCAGUACCAGGACUUCGAGCUCGCUAAACCUUCUUACCUCCUCGCUCGCUUCCCCCAUUUCGAGCCUCUCAUCACCGCUCUCACGUUCCCCGAGUGACUCCCUCACCGCACCAUUCUCACUUCCUUCAUACCGUCUCUGGUAAUAUGUAUUUUAUAAAUUAUACUGUUUUUCAGAACCCAAUAAUUAUGAAUAUAUAUGUAUGUAUGUAUUCUCACUUUCAUGGGAAUAAUUUGGAAACAGUAACUUAUGUUCGUCCUUUCUGAAUC